GCUGGGAGGCCCUCGUGGGCGCUUCCGCUGGGAUCACCGGGGCUGUGGAGAAAAGGGGUUUCAGCCGCGGGGGCCGUUUCCGCUGUGCCCUGCAGAUGACAUACAGAGCCUUGGAGUACCAAGUAAUGCCGCGAAGCGGGUCUGUUAUUCGUAGGGCGCAGCUCCAGCUCGCAGCUGAGACAGAAGUUGUCAUGUUGCUCUUACAUCAGGGAGGUUCAGCUCUGAUAAUUGAAAACCUGAAAGUAGGUCAAUUUAGUGUGGAGUGGGAGCCACGCAGGUUAGCUGAAGAAAGAAUUUCAGCAGGCGGCACGCAGCUUCCCCCCUCAGAAAAUGAUCACAGAAUAGUUUGGGUCAGUUCCAAACCCUCUGGCAUGGACAGGGACACCUCUGGCUCCCAGUACUCCCUGGAGCCUAGUGUUUGAUAUUCGUGCUCCCAGAAAUGUCCUCUGUUCUCUUCAAGGGACACCUGGUAAUAUCUCCUUUUGAGGGGUGGGCUCAAGCCUGGCCAUGCUCUCCUGUUCCACCCAAUGUGAGGUUGGUCUCUGGGGGUGAUGAGUGAAGGAAAAGAAAUAGAACAGGAACCAACUCUGACUUCUAGGGGUUUUUUUUUGACAACAGCUGCUCAGCAGUACAUUCAAAAAACUCAAACACACUUAGAUUCUGUUUCAUUGAUGACUGGCCUCUUGACACUGCUGAGUGUUUUUGAGGAAGAAAGGGAAAACACAACAGUUUGGAAAACAUAAGUGUGGUCAACAAAUUGGCUAAGAUGGACCGGGUCUUAGCCCAGGUUCCCUACACAGGGGCAUAAAUCUGAAACUCUGUGAGGCAGGAUGUUAAGAAGCAAAGGCCAUAGAUACAAGGUCAGGCCCCUGCCCUGAAGAUGCAAAGGCAUUGGCCUAAACCCGUGGGACUUGUGGGAACACAUUAUUAUAAAUUACAAUAUAGUAUUGGUUUUCGUGUUUAUGUAUUAGCCUUUGCAAGUUAUUAUUAGCCACAAAGAUUUUGAUAUAGUACAAUAUGUACUUCCUUCUAACUGCUUUUUGGUAUAGUAUAAUCUGUCAGUUUAUGUAUGUAUCAUAUAGCUUAUAUAAAUAGUAGUGUGAUACAUAUAUAUAAUACAUACUAGGCAUUAGCAUAAUAUUAAAAUAGAAAUUAUGUAAUGUUAAAAUGCUUUUAUUUGUGUAACUAACUCAAAUAAUAGUGUGAAAUAGCUGUUUCUCACAUUUGUGGAUUAUUUUACCUGAAUAAUAACACUAACAAAAACCAGGACACCAAGAGAAAAAAUUACUCUUUAUUAUCAAGAAGUGUAAAAACAACAGAAGGGAGCUUUGAGAAGACAUAAAAUAUAUUGACUUAAUCUACAGAAUGGCAUGAAGACAAGUCAAAAGUUAAAACCAAGGAAAAACACUUCUAGAACAUCUAAACUCACAAAAAAGUUUAAAUAUGUAUCAACGCCCAUAAAUAUUAAUUAACCCAUGUAAUGAAAAAAUAUAUAAGAACAUUAUUUUAAGUUUUGGCAGGUUGGCAAACACCCCAGUGCUGGAUAUUAUCCCAUUUAUCCCCUAUUAAGCUUCAAAAAAAUCGAAAGAGUGAACUUUGUUUUUCACAAAGGAGGUCCCAGUGAGACGAACCUCAAGUCUCCGUGGUUCUGGGGCUCCGGGGGAGCCUGGGUCGAGGGGAGUCCCGCUGAAUCAAGUGGCUUGCCUAGGGCUUAUCCUGCUGUUACUGGCGACCACAGGCUUAACCCUCAGUAGGAUAAAAGUGACAAAAAGAAAAAGGGAAGUAAAAACUCCCUAAGAAACCACAGUAACCUCUAAAUUCUGCGCGAAAACCUGGGAGGGUAAGUAUAGUGCAAGGGGGGCGCAAAUGCCGGGAGAAUGAAUGGGGUGGGUGUGUGUGUAUGAGACACAGACUGGACCAUCCAGAUCUGCAGAGCAAUUGUGGAGUCCUUCUAGCUGCGGUUCCGCAUUCUCCGCGAGGAGAUUGGCUGGUGAAGGGACAAAGAGGAUGGUAAAGACUGAGUGAAAUUCUGGAAUAAUUGUGGGGAGUGACCAUAGCUCGAUUCCACGUGUAGGAACAACUGCUUCAGUUGAGUACUGCACGGGGCCUGGACCUGAUGUACCUUGGAGUUUAAGCCUGAUACUGUAAGUCUGUUAAAGUACACAGUCGGAUGAGUCAUCGGAGUGAUGAAGGAGGUUUGUGUGUGAAAAAGUAGUUGGAACAGCGGACAGCAAGGAGCAGGACGCUAAGAGGUUCUGAUACUUAUCUGGGGUGACUCAAAUCAAGAAUUUAGUGGAGGGUAUUCCACUUAGAGGGACAUUAUAAAAAGAGGGGGUUCUGAGGAAAUUUAAAGCAUUUUAUUUGAUAAAUAGUAUCUAUAAAAAUAUUAGUAUUGCUUGAAUGUGUGAAUAGAAAAUGAAGAUAGUAUAUGUGUAUGUCCUACGUCUGAUGUGAUUAAUGAGUGUAAAGAUUUUGUGUUGUAAUUUUGUGUUUAAGUUGUAGACUUGUGAACCUUGUGUGUAGUGUAAGAUCUGACAUUAUUGCAAUGAACAGGGUGAAACUGCCCACAGAAGGACCUGCGAUUUUUUAAUGAGGCUCAAAAAACACAUUAUAGAAAAACUCAUCAAAUACAGAUGUCAGGAGUUAUCUUCAGUCUUCUCCUUUUUUUUCCAAAUUCAAAGCCUCAACUAGCAUCAAAAGGUUUUGCCCUUAAAGUAUUUUAGUAAUCCUUCAAUAUAUAAACAAAAACUCAAGAUAAACAACUUAUUAAAGGCAAUACUAAUCACAAAUACAGUUUCAGUUAUUGUUACUAAGACUAUCAAAAGUAACCUUUAUUUGGUUACAAAAUUGUGUAAAACUUAAUUCUUUGAAUGUUCUGGCAACCUGCUGAAAAUUCUACACAUUAACUGCAUAUUGUAUUUGCAAAAGGAUACUUUAAGAAAAGCACUAUAGUUCCAUUGAAAAUAGUUCCUUUAAACCAUGUUUAUUGCUUCUUUACUUUUGUUUAUGAUACUAAGAGUCCCCUUUGGAACAAUAGUUGAAACCUAGUUAUGAGACUAACCUAUACUUUUAAGUGAAGUAUACAAAGAUUCAACAUAAGCAAAUUUUAAAUAGCAGUACUGUAUAAAAACUGCUGUAAAAACAAAAAAGCAUGUUCUCUGUUUUAUUUGUCUUGCUCUUUUAAAAAGAAUUGUCUUCCUGCUGCUAAUUUUUUCAGCAUUACAAAGAACAAUCACAGCAAUUGUCAAGCUUACUGUAAAACCCAGAGGCCACAUCUUUUAGAUUUAGUCUAAUUUCUUGUCAGUUUAGAACUUGUUAUUAAAGUCUUUGACAAGCUGUCUGUAUCAUCCAAAGAAGCCUUAAUGCCUUCUCUUCUAAAUUCUCUUGUUAAACAAGUUGGAAAGAAAUUUUAUAUAAAUCACUAAAGCAAGCAAAUUCUUUUCUUGAUAUAGUCUAUUUUUACUCUGUCCCUUACCUCUCUUUUUCUCAGAACUGUUGGGGGUUGAGUGUUUUUCUAUUACUGUGUCAAUUUAAAGAAUUUUUCCCAUUAUCAUGCUAAUGGAGCUUGCUGGGUUAUACCCAGGACCUUUGACGACUCUAGAGAAAGGGGUAGGUGGGAGCGGCUUCCAGAGGGGCUCUCAUGCUUCCAGAGGGGACUCGUGUUUCCAGUGAGCGAAGCGGAGAGGAGGACCUCUGUCUCCAGCCACGCAGCCGAAGGCAGGAGAGCCAGACCCUCUGCAAUCACCUGCCCUGCAUCUGCCCCGUUCCAGCCUCCUGCCUGUGCGGACACAGCUGAGCAUCAGAACCCAAACGGAAGAUGGUUGAAGAUCCGAAGAGAAAACUGCUCAUUGUUCUUGCUGUCCUCUUGCUGCCCAGAUCAGUACAAACAGGGAAUACAGACAGACUCUCAGGGCAUCAUCACUGCACUGACUUCCAGACAGCCAAUUUCCUAUGGGGCAGCAAACUUAAGGUCCGGUUUCUUCUGUUCACUUCCUUGAGCCCCAGCUGUGGAGAGCUGAUUUCAGCUGAUGAUGGCAUAAAGAACUGUAGUUUCAACAGCAGCCUGAAAACCAAAAUCAUCAUCCAUGGCUUCAGGGCUUUGGGUACCAAACCGUCCUGGAUUGAAGGGCUUGUCCAAGCCAUACUACACACCAGCCAGGUGAAUGUGAUUGCAGUAGACUGGGUUUAUGGGUCUACAGGAGCCUAUCCCUCUGCAGUGGAAAAUGUCACACAGCUGGCCCUCACCAUCUCACAGUUCAUCAGCAAGCUCCUGGCCCUGGGAGUCUCAGGAACAUCUAUCCACAUCAUUGGGGUAAGCCUUGGAGCACAUGUUGGGGGCCUGGUGGGGCACUUCCAUGGCGGUCGCCUGGGACGGAUAACAGCCCUGGAUCCUGCAGGCCCUAAGUACACCAGAGCCAGCCCCGAGGAACGCCUGGAUCCUGGGGAUGCCCUCUUUGUGGAAGCCAUUCAUACUGAUGCUGACAAUUUUGGGAUCCGCAUUCCAGUAGGCCACAUUGAUUAUUUUGUCAAUGGAGGCAAAGAUCAGCCAGGAUGCCCCCGAUUCAUCUCUGCAGUUUAUAGCUUUCUGAUCUGCGAUCACAUGCGAGCAGUACAUCUCUACAUCAGUGCCUUGAACCACGCCUGUCCCAUCUUGGGGUUCCCCUGUGCAAACCAUCAAGAUUUUCUAAAUGGUCAUUGCCUGGACUGUGAAGAACCCUUCCUGUCUUCCUGUCCCAGAAUAGGCCUGCUGGAGCAGGCAGGUGUCAACAUGAGCAGGCUGCCACAGGAAGUGAAAGUUUUUUUAAUGACUAGUCCUUCAGCCCCAUUCUGCGUCUACCACAGCCUGGUUGAGUUCCACUUGCAGAAGAAAAGAAACAGAGUCACCAGCAUUGAGAUCAGUUUCAGCAGUAACAGCACCAAGGACACAGCCAAGAUCACCAUACCUAAGGACCAGGAGACAGGCAAACAGCUGCUAGCCCACCAAGUUCCCCUCUGCCAGAUCACUAGAGUGACCCUGAAGUAUAUCCCCAAGAAUCGUUUUUGGAGCAAGGAUGAGCCAUUUGUUGUUGGCAAGUUCUGUGUAGCGCCAUUGCCUCUCAAUAGCAGCAGGACAAUGUCAUGUCUGCCCUGGAGCCUCACCCUCCCCAGCAAAACAGACAUCUCAUAUGACCUGCCUACUGCUUGUGCCUAGCUCUGCCUUCAGGAUACAGAGAAUCAGAAAGGAGUCCUAAACAUUUUGCUGCUCUCUGCUUCCAGAUGAUACUGUCACCAUAAAACUGGAUGAGUUUUUUACUCCCUGCAAUAGUGGCAAGAUGUCAAGGAAAAGAAGUGUGUGGCAGAUUGACAAAUACAAUGUUAACUGGUUACAGUAAAAUCUUGCAGUUAAAAGACUGGCUUGGCACUUUCA